GGUGCGUGUCUCUGUUCCAGGUCCAUGUUGCUCAAGCCGUGGUGCCCUGGAGCCUGGCCAAGCUACCCCCGCACUUGCAUUUGGUGUUAAAGAUCUACUGCAGAGAGUCACUGCGGUGAGACUCGGUCUCGGUGUCGGGGGCUCGUCUGAAGGUUUUCUCGUUCUAGCCCCUGUAGCUCCCAGAUCCUCCUGACGGAACACUGGCCACAUUCUCAUUUCACCCUUGCCUACCGCCUGUCCCGGGAAAGCCAUGUGGCUGUACCUGGCAAUCCUCGUGGGCCAGUACUACCUUCUGCGCUGGUACUGGGAGCGACAGGUGGUGAGCCACCUGCAAGACAAGUAUGUCUUCAUCACGGGCUGUGACUCGGGCUUCGGGAACCUGCUGGCCAGGCAGCUGGACCUACGAGGCUUGAGGGUGCUGGCUGCAUGUCUGACAGAAAAGGGGGCCGAGCAGCUGAGGGUCAAGACGUCAGACAGGCUGGAGACGGUGAUCCUGGAUGUCACCAGCACAGAGAGCAUCGCUGCGGCCACCCAGUGGGUGAAGGAGCGCACGGGGGACAGAGGACUCUGGGGCCUGGUGAAUAAUGCUGGCAUCUCUGUGCCCACGGCACCCAAUGAGUGGCUGACCAAACCGGACUUCGUAAAGAUGCUCAAUGUGAACCUGUUGGGGGUGAUCGAGGUGACCCUGAGUCUGCUGCCCCUGGUGAGGAGAGCAAAGGGCCGAGUGGUCAAUGUCUCCAGCAUCAUGGGUCGUGUAGCCUUGUUUGGUGGCGGCUACUGCAUCUCUAAGUACGGCGUCGAGGCCUUCUCCGACUCCCUCAGGAGGGAGCUCUCCCACUUUGGGGUGAAAGUGGCUAUCGUUGAGCCGGGUUUCUUCAAGACUUUUGUGAGCAGUUCUGCGGUGAUUUCUAGAAACUUGCUAGAGACAUGGGAUAAGGCCAGCCCAGAGGUCAAGGAGGCCUAUGGGGAGAGGUUGCUGGCACGCACCCUGAAAGCAGUUGGAUCAUUGGAUAAAAUGUGCUCACAAGAUCUGUCCUUGGUGACGAACUGCAUGCAACAUGCUCUGACCGCCUGCCAUCCCCGCACCCGAUACUCACCUGGCUGGGAUGCCAAGCUCAUCUACCUUCCCAUGAGCUACAUGCCCACCUUCCUGGUGGAUGCCAUGAUCAACUGGAGGAACCCAAGACCUGCUAAGGCCAUGUGACCCAAGAUUGUGGUGCAUAGUAGGGGGGAAUUGGGUACUGUGUGAGGGAGGAGAUGCAUCUGUAGAGAGAAGUAUGGUGCAUUAUUGCUCACAUUCUCAAAUACUAUUAUUAAAGUAAAAUUAAAUAAUUGAAUCAAAGAAUAUACAUUUUUAAAAAAAUAUAUAUUUUAUUGAUUUUUUACAGAGAGGAAGGGAGAGGCAUAGAGUCAGAAACAUGGAUGAGAGAGAAACAUCAAUGAGUCGACUCAUGCACUUAAUAAAGAUGGGCUGAUUGCCUAUUGCGUGCCAGGCACUGAGGAGCAGAAAAAUGAGAAGGACCAUCCUUGCCAUUUAGUAGCUAAACACGUUUGCAAACUCUGACUCCCUGUAACCACCACGUUCCUGUUUCCUCUCCCACACUCUUUUUCCUUAUACCAGGCAUCACACUGUUGUUGACUGAAUAAAAUAAACUGAAUUGGAAUGUAAA